AUGGAAGGAAAAAACAUAAAAGAAAAUUUAAAGAGCAUGAAGGAUGCGUAUGACCCGAAGGAGGUGGAGUCCAAGUGGUACUCGUUCUGGGAAAAGAAUGAUUAUUUCAAACCGAAGAAGGAGUUGUUUGCAAAUAAGGGGAGGAGUGACAAAUUCGUCAUUGUGUUACCCCCACCCAACGUCACAGGGACGUUACACAUUGGCCACACCUUAACCAUAGCCAUUCAAGAUUCCCUAGUUCGAUACAAAAGGAUGAAAAAUUAUUUAACCCUGUACAUCCCAGGAACAGACCAUGCAGGGAUAGCCACGCAAACUGUUGUGGAAAAAAUGCUCUUUAAGAAGGAGCAAAAGAUACGACAAGAUUAUGGAAGAGAAGAGUUUGUGAAAAGAAUUUACGAAUGGAAGGAUCUGCAUGGAAAUAAAAUUAAUAACCAAAUUAGGAGAAUCGGUGCGUCCGUUGAUUGGUCAAGGGAGUACUUCACCAUGAAUGAGAAAUUGUCACAAGCUGUGAAGGAAGCCUUCAUCAAAUUUUACGAUAGCGGACUGAUUUACAGGGACAACAGAUUGGUUGCCUGGUGCCCCCAUUUAAAGACUGCUCUCUCAGAUAUUGAAGUGAAUCUUGAAGAAAUAAAAAAACCGACAAAAAUUAAAAUCCCUUCAUUUCAUCACUUGGUGGAAGUUGGCGUGUUGUAUAAGUUUUUUUACCAAAUAAAGGAUAGUGAAGAAAAAAUUGAAGUGGCAACAACGCGAAUUGAAACCAUGUUGGGAGAUGUUGCUGUGGCUGUGCACCCAAAUGAUAAAAGGUAUGCCCACUUAGUAGGAAAAGAAAUUAUACACCCAUUCAUUCCAGACAGAAAAGUAAUCAUCAUUGCAGAUUCUUAUGUGGACAUGGAAUACGGUACUGGAGCUGUGAAGAUAACACCAGCUCAUGAUAAAAAUGACUACGAAAUGAUGAAGAGGCAUAAUUUGAAGGCAAUAAAUAUUUUUACCCGUGAUGGACAUAUUAACAAAAAUGGAGGGAAAUUAUUUGAAGGACUCCAUCGAUUUGAGUGUAGGUUUAAAAUUCAGGAAGAAUUAAAAAAGUUAAAUUUGUUGUCGGAUAAAAUUCCUAACUCAAUGUCUCUUCCAUUGUGUUCAAGAACAAAUGACAUCAUCGAGUACAUGCUCAUACCACAGUGGUACGUAAACUGUAGUGAGUUAGGCAAACAAGCCAUUAACUGCGUGAAGGAGAAGCAACUCAAAAUUAUUCCCGCGCAACAUGAGAACACCUGGUUUUACUGGCUAGAAAAUGUGCGCGAUUGGUGCAUAUCGAGGCAGUUGUGGUGGGGACAUCGAAUUCCAGCCUACAAAAUUGUCAAAAAGGGGGAUCCAAGCGGAGCAGUAGAUGGGAACGGUGCAAAGGCAACACAAUUGGAAGAGGUAGAUGUCACUGCGCAGGAAGGAGAGGAGAAGUGGGUUGUAGGCAGAUCAUACGAAGAGUGCAUGGAGAAGGCAAAGAAUAUGGUACCACAAAAUGAACAGUUCGAGUUGGUACAAGAUGAAGAUGUUCUAGACACGUGGUUUUCAUCCGCCCUUGUUCCAUUUAGUUCUUUAGGGUGGCCAGAAAAAACAGAAGAUCUCCAACACUUUUUCCCAAACAGUAUUUUAGAGACGGGUCAGGAUAUUCUCUUUUUCUGGGUCGCUAGAAUGGUAAUGGUUUCUCUACACCUAAUGAAGACACUCCCUUUUAACACCAUCUACCUACAUGCCAUGAUUAGGGAUUCCAGAGGAGAGAAAAUGAGCAAAAGUAAAGGGAACGUCGUGGACCCCUUGGACAUCAUCGAUGGUAUUAGCUUAAGUGGACUAAAUCAAAAAUUGUAUGAAGGAAAUUUACCAGAAAAAGAAAUUAAAAGAGCAUUAGAAUUACAGAAAAAAGAAUUCCCCAAAGGAAUCCCAGAAUGUGGAACCGAUGCUCUAAGAUUUGGUCUCCUCACAUAUCUAAAGCAGGGUAGAAAUGUAAACCUAGACAUUAAUAGAAUAAUCGGGUAUAGACAUUUUUGUAAUAAACUUUGGAAUGCUGUUAAAUUCUUUUUGAAGACCUUGCCAGAUAAUUAUGACAAUUGUAAUGUCCUUCUUUCACAACCAGAUUAUGUACACUCUUUAGAGUGGGAAGAUAAGUGGAUUCUCCAUCGGCUAAAUGUGUAUAUAAAAAGUGCUAAUGAAAGUUUUGAUUCCUAUAACUUUUCUGAGGUAGCUUUUUCUGCUUAUAACUUUUGGCUGUACGAUUUGUGUGAUGUGUACUUGGAGCUUAUCAAGGCCCGUCUAAAUGUGGAGUCCUCCGAACCAGUGAAGAAGGAAGACGGAGCGGCUAGUGAGGAGAAAAGGGAAGACGCAACAGCGGGGGAUAGCCACGUCCACCACAACAAUGCCGUCAGUGAAGGCAAUCAUCUGUCCGGUUCAACGGCACUCCAUGCUAGCAAAACUUUACAUGCGUGUCUGGACUAUGGGCUGAGACUUAUGCACCCCAUUUCGCCCUUCAUAACGGAAGAGCUUUAUCACAAGAUCGCUGCAGAGGGACACAAAUUUGGAUCCAUUUCCGUAGCCCCCUACCCACAGUACAUACCUUCUUGGAAUGAUGAAAAAAUCAACUCUGAAAUGAACAAAUUUAUGAGCAUUGUUAAGCAGUUCAGGUCAUUCAUUUCUAAUCUGGAAAUUCCUCCCAAGAUAAAACUCAAUUGCUACAUCGCUGCGAAGAGUCAGGAAGACGAAUGUUUUAUUUUGAAGGUAAAAAAUAAAAUACAGACAUUGGCAAAAUUGGGUAACCUCACUGUAAUUAAAUAUAAUGUGGAAGAGCUUUCCGAUGAUCUCAGUGCUCAAAUAAAAAAAUGCCUGAAGGAUAUUGUUGCCAACGAGUUCAUUAUUUACGUGCAGUCCACUGAGGAGUAUCUGAAGCCACUACUGACCAAUAUGCAAAGCAAGAAUAAAAAGCUCCAGAGUUCUUUAGAUUCCUAUUUGAAAAAAACCAAUGAUCCAAACUAUGAGCAAAAAGUGCCUGAACAGGUCAGAAAUUUGUACGCGGAAAAAAUCGAGCAAUUGAGCGCGCAAAUUUUGGCCAUGUCAAACAUCAUUUCGGAGAUUAAUGAGUGCUUAAAAAAUGCGUAA